AUGGCGUACGGUGGCUCUUAUACCGCCUCGUUCAACCCGGCAGUGUCGAGCAACGAGUCCUUUGGAAGCGGCCUCCUCGCUUCGUCCAUUUCCUCCCUGUCGUCCUCCGGAUCCAAACGCAUCUCGCCCGUCUCCAAGACAUACCGCCAGGCCUCGACCCUGUUCUUGACGCGUCGGCUGCCCGAAGCUCUCAGCACGCUGCGUCCGAUCAUCACUCCCCCCAACUCGGCCGACGAUGGCGAGCCCGCUCCGGUGACCAAGUCCUCGCGAGGGACCAGGAUCAAAGUCUGGAGUCUAUACUUGACCCUUCUGAAUGCCAUCGUUGAGCUGGAGCCUGAAGAAGGGAAAGAUGCUUUUGGUAAUCAGGAGUGGAGAGCGCUGUGCACCAAAGUGCGAGAUGGAUCCAUUUGGGAGGAAGUGGUCAAGAAUGGAUACCACGGAAUAGAAGGAGACGUUGAUGCCGACGUGGUGAUUAACUUGGCGACUCUGUUGCUUGCGCAUGCCCGUGACCAGGCUCUGAAUCAAAAGAUGCUGGAAAACUACCUGGCCUCGUCAAACAUUCCUAAUCUUGAUUUGAAUGAUUUUACGGCGCCGUCACGUCGCUACCAGUCACCCGCCAGAAGGAACAACGGCGCGAACACCCCCGGAGACCUCAACUCCCGAGUGAAGCUUCUGGAGCUCUAUACCCUCCACGUCCUUCCUCAAAACAACGAGUGGGACUAUGCUCGUGAAUUUAUCAACGUUAGCGCUGUGCUCGACGACGAGCGCAGGGAGGCUUUCCUGCAGGCCUUGCAGAGCUUGCAGGAGGAGCAAGAAGAACAGGAACGACAGGAACGGGAGGAGCUCAAACGACAGGAGGAGCAGCUGCAGAAAGACAUUGCCGAGGCAAAGCGGCUAAAGGCCGAGAACGAAGAGAAGGAGCGGAAACGGCUCGAACAGGAACGGCAAAGCCGAGAGACGAGCGAGGGCGACUAUGGCAUCGAACAAACUCCCAGCUUUAGCGGAGUAGGGAGAGCCGAGCCACCUGGAUCGCCCCGAAACACCGUCGCGCGCCCGACUGGAAAAUCAAAAUCCAAGGCCGCAGCUGGAUCCAUGACCAUUACAGCCCGUGCUACCUUGAUCCUGACCCGAUUUCGACAGGUGUUUGAGAGUCUCGCCGGCUCCGUGACAGGCAACCCGGUCGUAAUCAUGAGGCUGAUGGUCUUCACCAUGGGAUUGCUCAUCAUGCUGGGCCACAAAGCCACGAGACAGCGUAUUGAGCAAAUGCUGGGAGCGUCUUGGGCCAAGGUUGCGGCCACUAUCGGAAUGGGAACCAAGGUCAGCUAUAUUUAG